UCUUGUUUAAGGCGAAUGUGUAGUGAUGUUUAAGUUGAGGUAGAAGCUGGCUAACAGCGUUAGCUGCUGUGAAAGAUGUCGAAUAAACUGAGUAUUGGUGAUAAGGAGUACUUGAUAAAGAGAACUCCACAAAACCCCAAAUAUCAACAUGUAAAAUCAAGACUUGAUACAGGUUGGAGCAUGACUAAGUACCUCGAAAGGCUAGAAGAUAUAAAGAAAAAUUACAGGUAUAAAAAAGAUGAACUUUUUAAAAGGCUGAAAGUGACAACAUUUGCACAGCUGGUGAUACAGGUGGCUUCAGUAUCAGAUCUGCACGAGAGCAUAAUGGAUGAAGUUGGACUUGAUGAUGAAGCGUCUGAGUUAGCAGAAACAGAUCGUCUCUCAGAUCAGACUGAUGGGUCUCCACAGCCUGCAAAAACAGUUGAUGGGAACGAGUCAAAUGACACGUUUUCUCCAAGAUCCACACUUCAAAGUGUGAUCAGUGGGGUAGGAGAGCUGGAUGUGGACAAGGAUGGACAGAAGAACACAGUGAGCCCAAUUCCCGUGUGCACACCAAGCCUAGAAGACCAGCCCUACCCAGACUGCCCUUACCUGCUGCUGGAUGUGAGGGACAAAGACUCGUACGAUCAGUGCCAUAUCAUCAGUGCACACAAUUUUCCCAUCACCACUCUGUCAAGAACGAUGAACCCUUAUACCAAACAAGUUCUCGAUUACAAAAACUCUGUGGGAAAGAUCAUCAUCUUGUAUGACGAGGAUGAGAGAAUAGCCAGCCAGGCGGCUACGACCAUGUGUGAGAGAGGCUUUGAGAAUCUCUUCAUGCUCUCUGGAGGUUUGAAGGUGAUCGCACAGAAGUUUCCGGAGGGAAUGACGGCUGGCUCUUUUCCCAUCGCCUGCCUGCCGUCAGGAUCUUCAGGUGGGAAGAAUUCGACAUUCCGUCAGCCGAAGCGACUGGCAGAGAAGAAAUGCCGCUUUACCUCGGAGGACCUGAACAAGAUCCAGUGCUACCUGGAGGAGGUGCUCGUCCCAAGUGAGCCCAGCAGUCGUCUGAGCAGCAGGAUGUCCACUAUCAGUGCCCAUUCCAAAGCCUCCAGUGCCCGGAGUAGUCGACUCGGCUCAGCGAGCGCCAGAUCACAAAGCAGUCAGCCCUGGAAAUAAGUCCAUCUUAUUCGUCAGCCUUAUUUGCAACAAGUCCAGCCCAAUUAAAGCCCUCUGGUACCAUGUCCUUAUUGUAAA